UCAUUUUAAGCAUACCAUCUUGGAAUUAAUGCUAUAUUUAAACUUAAGCAUGUACCUCAAAUGCUUUGCUCGAUUAGGGCCUAAACCAAUAAGUUCCUAUAAAAAUUUAAAAGUUUCUAUAGGAAUUAUUGCUAAAAGCUAUAGAGAAUGAUUUCCUUUCUCUAGCAUUGUAAGCUUAUCCCACAGUAUCUUAUAGAAAACUCUGUAUCCCUGGUUUAAAGAUUCUAUGGGAACCCUAAGUCUAUAAAGGCUUUUCCUGUAAAACGUUUGACUUAAGGAAGAAACUAAAAAUAACACUGCAGCCACUUCUGAUAUGGUAUAAUUUCCUGAUUACCAAAGCAUGUAUUGAAAUCUUAGGCAGAGCAAUCAUGAUAGUCUAGAGAGUAUCUGUAUACGUUUUUUCUAUGAUGAAACAUCAGGAACUGCUGUCUAACUGUGCUGCAGUCAUGCAGGAUUAAGUAAUAUUUUAGUCGUCAGCCACACUCCUUUUCAGGUUCAGGGAUUUCCCUGUCCUGCGUUACCCACGUGUACGAUCAACCCUCUGUUUUGCAUACCUAAUGCCAGCAGAGUAUAAAAGGCAUUCACGAUCCAACAGGGACACAGUACCACUGAGGUUACAGGCAAGAAACUUUGGCUGAGAAGGCUACAGACUUGGAAAAACUUCUCGCGAAAGCAAGGUAAGGCAACUCUGUGUUUGACUGAGCAGCCAACCAAGCAGUUAACAGUUUUAUUCCACUUCCUAAUUUUUUGCUUUUCCAAACUGUCUCUCUGCCUCACAAACUUUAGCUUCUUUGCUAUAGUCCUUAAAGUUUCCUUUAAGUAAAAACAAUAUAAUGAAUGUUCCUGAAUUGCUUUCAAGGACCUAGAGAAACAAGGGGUUUCUUAUUUUUAUCAUCAACACAUAGAAAAUAAAGAUGAAAAAAUUAUGCACUUCAUCAACUCAGCAUGCUUCACCAUGAUUACAGUUCCAAAGCUUUUCAGUACCAAUUGCUGCUCAUAGGUCUCAUAUUUGAAAAUCUGGGGUUGCUAUAUACAAUUCUGAGAGUGCUUCACAGCAGUUUACACCAUUAGAAAAGAUCAUUCUUUUACAUUUAGAUUUAUUUAUAAGACCAGAUUUUAAAGAAUGAAGGGGUGUCUUCAUUUUUUUUCUAUUGUAUUGUAACGUGCUAGAUAUGUUUCUAGUGUAGUAACUAUUAUUAUACAUAAUCACUUUUCUCCUCUUUUACUUUUAUUAAGGGCUUUUAACAUCUUUAUACUAAAUAGCAAUUUCUUUAGACGUAGUUGCAUUCAUUUCAAUGAAUACAUUUUGGGUACAGGUUGUUCUUACAAUGGGGGCUUCUAGGUGCAACAGCAAUACAAAUAAUCAACAUAUGUUAGAAAAAAUGAAAAGCAAAUGUCCUGUCUUUCCUGAUCUUCAGACUUCUUGACUACAAGUCGGUCUUUGGUUGGUUUUCCAAAGAAGUUUUAAAUAACAAACUAGUUUCAGUGUUACCCAUCAAGCAUCUCUUUUUUCCCAUGGAAGAAAACUUUGCUUUGGGACCAGAAGUUAGCAGAAAAUCUGGAGUCCAAAAGAAUGAUAAGACAAUUCGUGAUAAUUAAUAGGGCACCAGAUUAACUUCUGACUGAUAGUGCUACCUGGGUUAGGGAUAUGUUCUGUUCUGUUGUAUACACAGUGUAGAGCACACAAGUUGCUUCCGCGCCUGCAGUUUUUGAACAGAAGCUGAAACCUGUAAACAUCAAGUUCUCAGGUGCUGCAAAAUGGCUUUAGUUCCCUGGAGAAGAAUUUCUCUGUGAGGGGAAUCUUUACUGUGUGAAUGACCCAGGCUUUCACAUUUUAGAUCAGUCUCCUACAAAAUUAGAGAUUUAAAUAAACAGAGGAGCGUAUUUUUUUACACUUAAAGUUCUGAAAAAACGGGUAUGCUAAACUGAAAACAGAAAUGUAUUUUUGUGACACUGAUGAACUAUGCUUUGUAUUUCAUUGACCCUGAACACAUCUGAAAGACAUUUAAGUGUGUCUGGGGUACAGGUAGCAUGUGCUUUCUCAUUUUUAAUCAGAGGAUGUUAACUGUAGUAAGUCUGUUAAGUCCGUUGUGCUUCCCCAUCCUGCCCAGAGCGGGUGUUGCCUCCUUUAUCACUAAAGACAUCAUUUUAUUUCCUUCCUUAGAGAAGCCUCCUCCUCAUCACCUAAAUCACAGUAUCAGGGUUGGGAAGUAGCAGCAUAACUUAAAGUACACAAAAUGCUGUGCCCUUGGCAAUUUGCAUUCAAGAAUCAAGCCAGUAAGAACCGGUCCUUUGAAGAGAAAGAUGUAAAUAAUAAUGUGGAAAAAGGAGCCAUGAAAGAUCACAGCUUAAUGAAAGAAGAUGCCGAUAACCUGAGCAAGAAACAGAAUGAGAUGCCGUGUGUCAAAACUGCAGCCGAGAAACCUCCACAAAAUGGCAUCAAGCCAGCGAACCAAAAUCCGAGGUGUCCAAGAUAUGUAAAAAUAAAAAACAUGGAAAAUGGCAGCAUCCUUCAAGAUACAUUGCACCUUCAGGCAAAGGAGGUUAUGAACUGCAGGACCAAGGCUUGCCAAGGGGCACUGAUGACCCCAAAAGGUUUUAUGAGAGGCCCUAGGGACAAGCCAGUCCCACCAGAGGAACUUCUACCUCAGGCGAUAGAAUUUGUCAAUCAGUACUACGGCUCGUUCAAAGAACCAAAAGUAGAAGAACAUCUGGCCCGAAUGGAAGCAGUUAAUAAAGAGAUAGAAACAACAGGAACCUAUCAACUGACCAAAGAUGAACUUAUCUUUGCGACCAAACAGGCCUGGAGAAAUGCUCCAAGAUGCAUAGGAAGAAUCCAGUGGUCCAAUCUACAGGUGUUCGAUGCACGUGACUGUAAAACAGCCAAGGAAAUGUUUGAACAUAUCUGUCGCCACAUUGAAUACUCCACAAACAAUGGAAAUAUAAGGUCGGCCAUCACUGUCUUCCCUCAACGGACUGAUGGGAAACAUGAUUUUCGCAUAUGGAAUGGCCAGCUCAUCCGAUACGCUGGGUACCAAAUGCCAGAUGGGUCCAUCAUCGGAGACCCAGGCUGUGUGCAGCUGACACAGUUGUGCAUUGAUCUUGGGUGGAAGCCCAAGUACGGUCGCUUUGAUUUAGUUCCACUGAUUAUCCAAGCAAACGGCCAAGACCCGGAAAUAUUUGAACUGCCUCCAGAAAUUAUCCUUGAAGUGCCAAUGGAGCAUCCAAAGUACGAAUGGUUUAAAGACCUGGAUCUGAAGUGGUAUGCGAUGCCUGCUGUGGCCAACAUGUUGCUCGAAGUGGGAGGCCUGGAAUUCACUGGCUGCCCUUUCAACGGCUGGUACAUGGGCACCGAGAUAGGCGUGCGAGAUUUCUGUGAUGUGCAACGGUACAACAUCCUUAAGGAAGUAGGAAGAAGGAUGGGUCUGGACACAAACAAACUUUCUUCACUGUGGAAAGAUCAAGCUGUUAUAGAGAUUAACAUCGCUGUGCUUUAUAGCUUCCAAAAGCAAAAUGUCACCAUCAUGGAUCACCACUCUGCUGCUGAGUCCUUCAUGAAAUACAUGCAGAAUGAGUACCGUGUUCGAGGAGGUUGUCCGGCAGACUGGGUUUGGCUUGUGCCUCCGAUAUCAGGGAGCAUUACCCCAGUAUUUCACCAGGAGAUGCUGAACUAUGUGCUUUCACCAUUCUAUUACUACCAGGAGGAUGCUUGGAAAACUCAUGUCUGGCAUGAUGAAACACGCAGGCCAAAGAAAAAGGAGAUAAAGUUUAGUGUUUUUGCAAAGGCCGCAUUCUUUGCCUCUUCACUGAUGCGGAAAACGAUGGCAGCCAGGUCUAAAGCAACUGUGAUAUAUGCGACAGAGACAGGGAAAUCUGAAACCCUGGCCAACAAUCUGCGUGACUUAUUCAACUGUGCCUUCAAUACCAGGAUUCUUUGUAUGGAUGACUAUAAGAUCAGUGACCUGGAGAAAGAAAAUCUCCUUCUGGUGGUGACCAGCACUUUUGGAAAUGGAGAUUCACCUGGCAAUGGAAAGAAACUGAAGGAUUCCCUGUUCGCUAUGAAAAAGCUGAACAAAAAACUCAGAUAUGCUGUAUUUGGCCUGGGAUCAACCAUGUAUCCAGAGUUCUGUGCCUUCGCUCAUGCCAUUGACCAAAAACUCACACAGCUAGGUGCCUCUCAGAUCACCGCAACAGGUGAAGGGGAUGAACUCAAUGGGCAGGAAGAAGCCUUUCGUGCCUGGGCAGUGAAUGCAUUCAAGACUGCCUGUGAGAUCUUUGAUGUCCGUGGGAAAAACAGCAUUCAGGUACCCAAGAUGUAUACCGCUGAUGAGUCCUGGAAUCCUAAGAACUACAGGGUGGUGUAUGACUCCCAGGCUUUGGACUUGAGUAAAGGACUUGCUGACAUACAUGCAAAGAAUGUGAUUCCAAUGAAGCUCAAAUUUAGGCAGAACCUGCAAAGUUCAAAAUCCAGUCGUGUUACCAUCCUUGUUAAGCUUUCCUGUGAGUCUAAUCAGGAAAUGCAGUACCUGCCCGGAGAUCACGUUGGGAUUUUCCCAGGCAACCAGCCAGAAUUAGUUCAGGACAUCACUGAGCUUCUUAAAGAUGCACCCCCAGCUGAUCAGACUGUCCGACUGGAAACCUACAAUGAUGGUGGCUACUGGACAAGUGACAAGAAAAUUCCACCCUGCACACUCUCAGAAGCCUUGACAUACUUCCUGGAUAUCACCACCCCACCCUCACAGCAGCUGCUAAAAAAGCUCUCCCAGCUGGCAACAGAGGAAGGAGACAAACAGAGACUGGAAGUCUUAUGUCAUAGCUUAGAGAAGUACAACGACUGGAAGUUUUUCAACAGUCCCACCAUCCUGGAGGUCCUGAAGGAAUUCCCUUCCAUUAAGGUCUCAACACCUUUCUUGCUGACUCAGUUGCCUUUGCUGAAGCCCAGGUACUACUCCAUCAGCUCCUCACAAGACAUGUCACCCAGAGAGGUCCAUCUGACAGUUGCAGUGGUCAACUACAGGACAAAGGAUGGUCAAGGUCCCUUACAUCAUGGAGUUUGCAGUACAUGGCUGAAUACAAUAAAUCUCAGUGAAUCAGUGCCAUGCUUUGUACGCAGUGCUGCCGGAUUCCAGCUCCCGAAGGAUCCAUCCACGCCAUGCAUUCUGAUUGGCCCAGGGACAGGAAUUGCUCCAUUCAGAAGCUUCUGGCAGCAGCGUCUCCAUGACUUGGAAAAGAAAGGAAUCAAAGGCAGCGGCAUGACAUUACUGUUCGGCUGCCGACGAUCAGAUACGGAUCACAUCUACAGAGAAGAAACUCAGGAGAUGAAGAGAAUGGGAGUACUCAAAGAGGUCUACACUGCUUACUCCAGGCAGCCUGGCCAAGCAAAAGUCUAUGUUCAAGACAUUCUUCGGAGCAAGCUGGAGGCAGAAGUGCACCAAGUCAUUCAUGAAGACAAAGGGCAUCUGUAUGUCUGUGGAGAUGUGCGCAUGGCCAGGGACGUUGCCCAGACCUUGAGGGAGAUGUUUGCUAAGAGACUGAAGCUGACAGAGGAGCAGGCUGAAGAAUACGUCUCCCAGCUCAAGAGCCAGAAGCGAUACCAUGAAGACAUAUUUGGGGCUGUGUUUCCACGUAACCACAAACGAGAUGGAAAAGCUUCAAAACCCACCAGCCAAAGAACAGAUCAGCAGUUAACAUUUUAAUCAAAAUUUGCACACGCGUUGUUAUUUUCAAACAGCAAGGGGCCAAGUCUUUCUGAUGCAUGUCAAUGAUGCGCAUGUGUCUGAGAGUAGUCCUUGGCCCUUUCAGGUUUAGCUUUAGGUCAGCACAAAAAAACUAAAUGUAUUUUAUUUAAUUAAAUCCAUAUUGCUAUUUAUUCUGUGAUUUCUUUUUAAUAAAUAUUUUGUUAUAAUCUGGAUAGUCAAAGGCAGAUUAUUUUUUUUAACCCUGUCUAGAAUAGGGUGUGCUCUGGCUAGUUGAAAAUACAGAAAAAAAUCUGCUGCUUCUGCUGCUGAAGAAAAUUAAGAUUUUUUUUUUAAUAUAUGAUUGCAAGUGCAAGCAGUUAUGUGAAAUAGAUUUUUUUCUAUACCUUUGUGUAUUUAUAUGAGACUGUUUUACUGGGUAUGCAGUUGCCCCCUCACAGCAAGUUGCUGCCUGUUUUGUCUUCUUGUGUGGACGGCCUUGAUUUUAGCAGAGGUUGCAAAUGAAGUAAUAAUAUAACCAUUCCAGCAUGGGAAUAUCUUACAUACAGAUGGAGAAGUUGCCACACUUGGAUCUGUUACUGCUGUUUAUAGAGCCCCCAUCAGUGGGGUUCCAAACUAUGCAUAAGCACUUUUGUACAUUUGAAUUCUGUACUCUUGACUUGACUGAUUUAUAAUAAAUGG